UAGUGAACUGGCCCCCUGUUUAAAAAGUUUGAGGACCCCUGCUGUAAACAGUCUGUAAAACAGCUGCCCCAUCAGAACUAAGAAGAUUUAAUACUUUACUUUUUCCAGAGAUCCUCUUAGAUCCCUAAAUUAGAGGAAGGAAAAUACACUGGCAUUCUGAUUUCUAAUUCAUUCUGUUCUUGAAGUGAAUCUGAAAAUAAAGAAUUCAAAAUCUCAAUUCUAAUUUGAGAGCAGACGUGUGGAAACAGCACUGAACCACAGUCCUGCCGGCAGCCUUUAGAUUGUGUGGUUAAGAAGGCAGCCCUGGCCUUUACUGGGCCUCAGUUUUUUCAUCUAUAAUGAAGAUAUUGAAUUAAACAAGCUUCUAAACCAGGGCCAGCUGUAUGAAAGAUCCUCCCCUGAAAAUCACACUGCCCCCUGUCCACACACAAACAAAACAAGGAAACUUUCUUACACUCACACACACACACACACACACACACACACACCAAUCAAUCAAUUUUUAAAAUUCUACUGUAUAUAUAUUUUGCUUUUCCAGUUUCUCCCUUAGAGAAUUAUUUUGUACAAAAUUAAUUUGUAAGUUGCAUGGUUGGCCUUCAUUUUUUGAGGUGACUGCAUUUGGGGGCUGGGUCGGAGAGGCACUGCUCUGAAACCUGGUCGUCCACCAAGUGGGCGGGGCAUCCUGACAGGGACCUCUAGUCCAUAAACCAUGGAGCAGGGCACUUUAUGGGAGAGAUGCCAGCCCCAAACACUAUAUAAAACUAGCAACCUACUGUAUGUCUCUGCUAAUAGAAAGUAAACCUGUGGGACUACAGACUAUUCACUCCUAUGUCUCUAGUGUCUACAACAGUGCCUGGCACAAGGUAGGUGCUUAGUAAAUUUGUUGAAUAGAUGGAGCCAGGUAUUGUGUUUCAACUUUGGUGGCUUCUAGCAGUGCCACACUUUUCAUGGGAAAGAUGCCCAGGAGCAGGGAAGGGGUGGGAGUGGUAACUCAACCCUCUAGCUUUGCUCCCUUCUUUAGGAUCCAAAAUCCUUGAACAUUUUGAGACUGACUUUCAAAAGUCUCUGAUAAAGUAGGUGGAGAAAAGAUUGUUCCAUUUUUCCAACCCACCCAUCUCUUCCUUUCCUCAUUGGUAGGGUCUGAAUGUGACUCCUGUGCUACAAUCCAUGUCUGCCCCAUGGCAGACACAAUUUCUAAGAAUCCUAUUAUGAAUGACUUCUAAACUCAAGAAUCCUUUCAUUCACCUGUUAUAUAAACCGAGAUAGUCAAUUGGAUUUGUUUAAAACAAAAUCCUUUGGACCAAAGAUGUAGCUCUCACAUUUUCAACAGAUUCCUACAGUGAGCACAUUUUUGCUCAGAGGUUGAAAGAAUAUGAGAAUUGAACUAAAUUUUUUUAAACAGAUUUAAAAUUCUCCUAGUUUUCUCAACAAUGCCCUGCUGAUGCAGUAAACCACAACUAAAGUGGCUUGAACAAUGAUGGACCGGUUGGAAAUCAUUUAUGUAUAAAAAGGAGACAUAGAAUUUGAGUCUCUUUGGAAAAUCAGAUGCGAAGUAGCCCCUGGAGCCCAGUAGCUGUUAUGAAAGCAGAGGCACCUUCCCAUUGGCCGGGGGGUUUACCCAGAUGUCUGGCUUUCACAUAAAAGGCAGGAACCACUGAAGUCAGUUUCCACUUCCACUCAAAGGGCGAUAGCAUAAGCAGCAAACAAGGCGAUGGCAAGACUAUUGUUACUUUUCCUUCCAGCUCUUGUGGCCUUAGGCACCGUGCAUGGAAUAUUUAUGGACAAACUUGCUUCCAAGAAGCUCUGUGCAGAUGACGAGUGUGUCUAUACUAUUUCUCUGUCCAGAGCUCAAGAAGAUUACAAUGCCCCAGACUGUAGAUUCAUUAACGUUAAAAAAGGGCAGCAGAUAUAUGUUUACUCAAAGCUGGUAAAAGAAAAUGAAGCUGGAGAAUUUUGGGCUGGCAGUGUGUAUGGUGAUGACCAUGAGGAUGAGAUGGGAACGGUGGGUUAUUUUCCCAGGAACUUGGUGGAGGAGCAACACGUGUACCAGGAAGCCACCAAGGAAGUCCCGACCACAGAUAUUGACUUUUUCUGCGAGUAAGAAAUUAGACAAAUCUGCAAGUAGAAAGAAAACACCAAAAUUAAGAAAAAAGGCAAACAAACAAGAAACCCCAAAUUCUGUGUCCCUUAUUUUGGACUUUGGUUUCCAGGAUUUGUUACCUUACAGGAGGACUAAGGUUUGGGGCCAGAGGUGGCAGAAAAGGAAGGGCUUCAACUCAGUCUCAUUUUCUAUUGGCUUGGUUUCAGCGCAAGUGGGUGAUUGAAAGCAGAGGAUUACUUGUCAGCCUUCUCUUACAGAGGGAUGCAUAGAGAAGAUGGUUCAUCCGUAGCUAUUUCUGAAGAGUAAUUCUUCCCUGCUCUUUGGCUCCCUGUAUAAACCUGGUAGAUCACACAGGUCUUCCCUUGGGACAUGCUGUUUUCUUCCUACGUGACUUUCUGGAAAACUGGAAUGUUAUAAUUUACCCAAAGGCACUGUAUCAUCAGGGAAUACUCUAGGAUUGUUGUUACUUUUAAUCUUUGAUGGCUUUGGGAUGUGAAGUUGUUGGUGGGGGGAGAGCUAUUUGGACUCAUAGAUGUUUGAACUAUGCUUUUAAAUUUAUCUUUUUAAAAAGUCUCACAAAUUAUUUCAUCUGAAUAAUUUUACCCUCUAAAUGAUCAAUUUACCCCUCUCCAAAUUUUAAAUAUUUGUGUAUACAGUGGGGGUGGGACAGUUUAUAAAAUAUUUUUAAUGAAAUAGUUUCCCUUUAAUAUGUGCUACCACUUGGUGUUAUUCAAGCUUCAAGUGAAAAGACACAAAAAAACAAAUCUGUAGGUUAUUUUCUCCUUCUGUUUCAACUUGAAUUUCCUCUUCCUGUGCAAAUUCCCCAGUCAAGGACGAUGUGGAAAGAAAAUCUGGUGAGGGACGCAGGUUGGGUAGUUCCAAUUGACCCAUAAGUUUUCCUAUAUUUAACUGGAAAUCUGCUUUGGUUUUGUAUUACUAAUGUAAUUCUUUUGAUAUAGUCAUAAAUUUGUGUUGUUUGUCUGUUUACAAUGUUAAUAAAAAUGUCUGUACUAGACU